AUGAUUAAGAACACUGCUCAUGGUUUGGAUGAAAGGAUAGAAGAAAUGGACAUGAAAUACAAGAAAAUAAUUGGCAAUCUGGCUGCAAAUUUGGCUGCCACAACUCUGAAGGUUAAAACAAGAUAUUUCCAUCGAAUUGGUGUUGGAGGGAAGGGACACUUGAAAAUAUAUGACAACAUUAAAGGCUUACCGGACCAUAAGAUCAUCUCUCCUGGAAAGAGCUACCCUGUCAUUAUCCGACAAAGCAAUAGCUUAAGUGCUGAUGAUGAUGCAAGGAUAGAUGCACGCGGUGCAGCAGUGAGAAUACUUUCAGAUAAACCCGGUGAUGACUCCUCACUCCUUGACUUGACACUAAAAUCAGGCAAUGCAUUUUAUGCACGCACUAUUGCUGAUUUUGCAACAUGGCUUGUGUGUGGCCUUGCUGCGAGGGAGGAACAUGUCAAGCGAGAACCGCAUGUACGUGAUGCAAUGUGGAAUUCCCUCCGUCACGCUAACUCAUAUGCUGAGCUGCAUUACUACUCCAAUAUCUGCAGGUUGUUCCGGCUUGCAGAUGGACAGGAAAUGUAUGUGAAAUUCAAGUUGAGGCCUUACGAUGAGACUAUUGGUGAGGAUUCUGGUAAGGUUGAGCCUACUGGAAUUCUACCACCUGAAACAGGAGCAAUUCCUAGGGAUGAAAAUGAUACUCGCCCUUUACUUUUCCUGGCUGAUGAUUUCCAUCGUCGUGUGAAUUCGCCUAAUGGCAUUCAAUACAUUUUCCAACUGCAAUUCCGGCCAGUUCCACACGAUGAGUCCACCCGCGACAUAGCACUUGACUGCACCAAACCAUGGGAUGAGGCUGAUUUCCCACGUAUUGAUAUUGGAGAGAUUAGUAUUGAUCAAAGUCUCUCUAAGGAAGAAGCAGAAGGAUUGGAGUUUAAUCCUUUUCUUCGAUGCCAUGAAGUGGAUGUUAUCAAGGCUUCUUCAUGCUCCCAAAGCGCUUCGAUUGAUCAUGGCCGUUCAUUGAUCUAUGAGAUUUGCCAGCAUUUGAGAAAUGGUGAACCUCUUCCAGAGGCAUGGAGGAUCUUUCUAGAACAAUCUGAUGUCAAAGUAGACCUUUCUGGUUGUCCAAUGGCAGCAGCAUUGGAAAAGAAAGAAACAAAAACAGUGACCCUUGCUAGGACUUGGUACCAAACCUUGUGGAUUGGAGAAGAUGGGUUUGUUGGAAGUAGAGCUGUGGUCAUGCCCGGGGUGAGAGUGGAGAAUAGGGGCACUCUCAGUGCUCUUUCCCUUGCCAUGAAAGAAGAAAUUGUUAAGUCAAGGUGA